AUGAACACCUUGAUCACUCUGGCUUGCCUUUUGGCAGUGGCCCAUGGCAGCGCCAUCGGCGGAUACGGUCUCGGCUACGGCUACGGCGCUCCGAUCCUGGCUCCCGCGAUCUCCACCGCUAACGUUGUGAAAGCCGCCCCCAUCCCCAUCAUCAAGACUGCCGCGGUCCCCAUUGUUACUGCUCCAGUCAUUCGCACAGUCGCAGCACCCAUCAGCUACGGUUACGGUCUCGGCGGUCUCGGUUGGGGAGGCUACGGUGGCUACGGACUCGGCUGGUCCGGCUACGGUGGCUACGGGCUCGGCGGCUGGGGAGGCUAUGGUCUCGGAUGGGGCCGCGGUCUCGGCUACGGCGGCUGGGGCAAACACUAA